AAAGGGCGGAAGUACCAGAUGGGCGCCGCCAUCUUGACCGCGACGGCCUCCGCGCGGGGCCAAACCUCCUCUGGGGUGGUGAUCGCCUUUGGGGGAAAGGAAGGGGAAAGGCAGGGGAAAAGAAGCGGCAUGGUGGGAAGCGCGGGCGGGCAGAGCCCGUCGCCCAAAGAGGACGAGAAGGAAGACUUCGCUUUUGCAGAAGGGUUGCUGGAUACCGUCCUCGGUUCCCUGUAUGACUUCGGUGAGUCACCACCAGAGAAAUGCAAAAAGAAAAGGAACAAGAAAAAACACUCUCAACAGAUAACAGCAACAGUGGCCACCUCUGCUAUAUCACUUGUCAAUCCUGAACUUGGUACAUCUUUGGGCAAGAAUAAAAAUGUGUCCAACUUCUUUGACAAUCUGAAAGAUGAACUAGCAAGUGUUAAUCAGAAAAAAUGUGUCUCGGGUUCCAGUUCCCCUCAUCCACUCCCAUUCAAAAGUGCCCAAGAAGAAAAGGCAACACAGGUUGAAGUUGUGACAUUCCUGGGUCGACACACAAAAAAGAAAGCUAAACUUGAAAUUCCUGGAAGUGAUGACUUAAAGGCAAAAAUGGAUGCUGAAGAACCAUGUAUGGACACCCAAGAAUUUCGCUUGGAAAAAGCCCGCUUGGAAGUGCGCCGGCUUGGAAUUACAGGAUUUACAAAGAAAGAACAGAGAGUAUUGGAGCAAGAACGUGCUGUCAGGUUGGGGGCCAAGCCUCAGAAAAAGGAAUAUGUGAACUACAAAAUUCUUCAAGAGCAAAUCAAAGGAAAACAAGCAGCAAAGAAGAGAGAAAAUAUGACGGAAAAUAAAUCUGAUUCUCUGAAGAGGAGAAAAAAGAAAGGGCAUGAAGAGAGAAAAUCCAAGAAGACAACAAAACCAAACAUAUUGCCAACAGGACGAGUGGGAAAAUUUGAAAAUGGAACUUUGAUUCUUCAACGUUGUGACAUAAAGAAGAUCAAAUCUUCCAAAUCGAGUAAAUGAACUUAUGUUGAACACAGAAUAGGACGAAGAAACUGGGAAUUCUAGGAGGUGACAUCCGUGCAUCUUUGCCAAGACUGAGAAAUACUGAUCUAGAUGUUUUGGGAAGAGUACACAAUUGCAAUUCUAUCUAAGCAAAUAAGUGAGACAAUGUCUUUGGAUUUGUUGGCAGUGUAGUAAGAAUUUAUUUUAAAUCUGUAAAACAGCAUAAACUUAUACUUCAUGUUUUCAAAAAGGUAGUACAUAAACAUUUGAGACAAUAAGACAAAAACAUUUUGCUUCCAAUUCAAAAAAUACAAACUUUGCUACAGGUAAAAAAUUAGAAAAAAAUAAUUUUUUUUCUGAACUCCUUUCUUGAUCUGGUGACAUAGAAGAU